AGAACUGCCAAGGAGCUGUGUGGCCCCAGGUGAGCUCUUUCCUGUGGAACCAGUAAUGCUGACAGAACUUUGUAAGCUAUCUCGUGGCCACACAUAGGGUUGAACAUACUGCAUAAAUCAGCGCUGUCUAUCUGAAAUAAAAUGGAGCCGCUCUUUUGUUUUAUUUUUUUAAAUAUUUAUUUAUUUACUUAUUAUGUAUACAACAUUCUGUUUUGUGUGUAUGCCUGCAGGCCAGAAGAGGGCACCAGACCUUAUUACAGAUGGUUGUGAGCCACCAUGUGGUUGCUGGGAAUUGAACUCAGGACCUUUGGAAGAGCAGGCAAUGCUCUUAACCACUGAGCCAUCUCUCCAGCCCCCGCUCUUUUGUUUUAAAUUUUUAAAUUUUACUUAUUAUUUUUUAUAUGCCAAUCCCAGUUCCCUCUCCCUCUGCUCCUCCCACUCCUCCCCGUUCCUCCACUCCACCCCCAUCUGCUCUUCAGAGAGUUUAAGGCCUCCCCUGGGAAGUCACUUAGGUCUAAGCUUCUGAUGGCCACAGUAAGAAAGGUGAAAAGAAGCAGUGAAGUCCGUUUUGUUGGUAUUUUUUAACGGAGCCCAUCAGAGCCAGAGGGUUCAGUACUGGUGGUGCUCUUUCCUGGCGUCCAGCACAGAGCGGGUGUUAUUAAUGGGGUGUUUUACAUGCAUGUUUUUUACCCAGAAUCCUGAGGAGUCUGGUGUGCAUUUAAUUAAUAUUCCCAGUCCCUCACCAUCGGGAGUGGCCAGUACAGACAUAGAUGCCUGUCCAGAGCAGGCCAUGGUGCUUCAUACCUGUCAGAGGACCGCUGCGAGCUAGAGACCUCCCUGGGCUAGAGGGCUCCAGGUGACCAGAAUGGAGCUGUGGCCCGGGGCCUGGACGGCACUGCUGCUGCUGCUGCUCCUCCUGCUGUCCACCCUGUGGUUCUGCAGCCCCAGUGCCAAGUACUUCUUCAAGAUGGCCUUCUACAACGGCUGGAUCCUCUUCCUGGCUAUCCUCGCGAUCCCUGUGUGCGCAGUGCGAGGGCGCAAUGUCGAGAACAUGAAGAUCUUGCGUCUGAUGCUGCUGCACAUCAAAUACCUGUAUGGGAUCCGAGUGGAGGUGCGGGGGGCUCAGCACUUCCCUCCCACGCAGCCCUACGUUGUGGUCUCCAACCACCAGAGCUCCCUCGACCUGCUCGGGAUGAUGGAGGUGCUGCCGGAUCGCUGUGUGCCCAUUGCCAAGCGGGAGCUACUGUGGGCUGGCUCUGCGGGGCUGGCCUGCUGGUUGGCGGGAGUCAUCUUCAUUGACCGGAAACGCACGGGAGAUGCCAUCAGUGUCAUGUCUGAGGUGGCCCAGACCCUGCUCACCCAGGAUGUGCGAGUCUGGGUUUUUCCUGAAGGAACGAGAAACCACAACGGUUCUAUGCUGCCCUUCAAACGUGGCGCCUUCCACCUUGCAGUCCAGGCCCAGGUUCCCAUUGUCCCCAUAGUCAUGUCCUCCUAUCGAGACUUCUACUGCAAAAAGGAACGCCGCUUCACCUCGGGACGAUGUCAGGUGCGGGUGCUGUCCCCAGUGCCCACACAAGGGCUGACACCGGAUGAUGUCCCAGCUCUGGCGGACAGAGUCCGGCACUCCAUGCUCACCGUCUUCCGGGAGAUCUCCACUGAUGGCCUGGGUGGCGGUGACUGUCUGAAAAAGCCUGGGGGAGCUGGCGAGGCCCGGCUCUGAGCUUCCUCCUACCCUUCCCUCUUCCUCCCCACACCUCUGACCCAGAGCCUGAAGCAGGGCCAGGCCCUCUUCCUGGGUCCCCACUCCCUACUCUCCUUUUGAGUCUUCAACUUCUGAAGUGAAUAUGGAUACAGCAUCACUCCAUGUCCUUCCCCACCCCACCCACGGACUCUUCCCGUGUGGGCACAGUCUCCACUGCGAUCCCCACCUGCCAUCUUGUCUUGUGGGACAGUUGCCUCCCCUCAUCUCAAGUGGCUCAUCAGAUACAAGGGUGGGGACAUUCCAUCCCAUCCUUCCCCAAUGGUCUCUUUGUGGCCUUCUCUUCCUCUCCACCCCACACUGGACAAUGGACUCAUCUGUUGUGUGGAACAAUCCAUUCCUCACGCCAAGUCCACAGAUGAAGUGGGCCCAUCUGCUGUGAGGACUCCUCACCCUGUGGCUGGAAGCUGCACCUGAGGACUCCCCAGCUCACCUAGGGAACAGUCACCCUCAGCGUGGCUGGGCUCGUCUAACUCGGAGGCCUCAUCCCUGCCCAUGCCAGGGGCUGAGCACACUUCAAAUGCCAAUUCUGCUUCCCCCUUCCCUUUGGUAGAGGUCUCCAGGGUCCUGGCCCAGGACCAUCUAACCAAAUUCCGGAGGGGCGGACCUUAGAAGCUGCGCUCUCUGCUCCCUGGGGCCUUAGGGGAAAGAACCUGACCCUGGUGAGAGGGAGAGGAGGGCGCUUAAUUUAUUUCUCUUUCUUGUGAGGUACCUCCCCCUCUGAGCCAGUUUUCAUUUCCUCCCAGUGGCACUGGCCACUCCCCUGCCUCCCACUCUAGACCCAUUCCUAAGACCCAGGAGGUAGGCGG